AUGACUGGAGUUGCAGGAAAAUCCAAGGGAUGCGUCACUUGCAGGAGACGAAAGAUCAAGUGUGAUCUUACAUCUCCGGCAUGCCAAAACUGCAGCCGCUUCAACAGAACAUGUGAGGGCUAUGGCCGGUAUCCCGUUUUCAUCAACAGAACCACAGCGGGUGUGCUGAGGCGAAAACCACUGGAGGAAGCAAAAUCAUUUCUCAGUGGAGCUCCUGGGGUCAACAAAGGAGUGCACCAGGCUCCAUUAGUCACUGCCCGAGCUUACAGCAUUGGUUCCGAGGUUAGUGUUAAGAACGUCGAGGCCGAUCGCUAUGUGGCUUGGUUUUGGGAUUCUUUUGUUCCUGCACGACCUUUGACGGACUCUUUGCAGAGGCCGGCUCCCCAUUGGCUCCAUGGUGUGUUUGAGCUCAAAUACCGACACUUGGGCCGACAGCCCGCGCUCGAUGACGCCUUGUUGGCCGUCGCGCUUACACGAUACGGGAAGAUGUAUAACGCACCAGCCGUACUUGAAGCGGGUCAGCAGAUCUAUACGCGAGUCCUUAGUCAUCUGCAGCAGUCUUUGUACGAUGAGGAACUGGUAAUGCUUGACGAAACGCUAGCUACAGUCAGCGUCAUGGUUCUCUACGAAUUACUUCAACAAACAGCCAUGACUCCAGAAGGCUGGUCAAAGCAUGUGACUGGUUUUGCAACCCUGUUACAGCAUCGAGGGCCACUCCGACACAGAGCCUUAUUGCCUCGUAAAUUGUUCGAACACAGCCGAUAUAUGCUAAUGAUGCAUGGUCUGGCGCAACGUAAGGCUUCAGUAUUUGGAGAGCAAGAAUGGCGAGAAGAUCCAUGGAAUGGCGCAGACAAAGGAGUAGAGCAGAAGAUCCUCGACUAUGGUUUAAGACUUGGAGGUCUCCUCGAAAAGGCUGACAGCUUGGUAAAGGACGCAGAAGGCUUUGAUACCAUGGCAAUGCUUUUAGCUGACCUUGCUGAGAUAUCUAACGGUAUUGAAAAUUGCCACAGCCACUACUUACCACAGCACAAAAGCCCUUCAGACGCUUCGUCAGCGGACAACCACGAUUCCUAUCGCGCGAGGCCAUAUCAAAGUCCUCUGAAUAUUCCAGUAAAAAUGACCGCCUUCGGAAUUCAGCUCGUAGCCUGCGCAACAGGUUACGCCCUCAUUCUCAAAGCAGACGGCCUGAACGCCAGAGGUCAAGGCUUCUGUGUAAUUAAUUCAAUGCCUUUCGGCGUUCAUACAACCAAAGAAUGGUUUAACAGCAAGAGAGUUCUCCUAGCUAAGGAGAUAUGCAAGUUUUCUGCCAUAUUUCUUAGCAAAGGGGUAGGCAUAAUGGGGGCAAGUCGCGUCAUUGUCCCUCUUCGGCUGGCAUCCGAACAGCUAGAGACAUCGGAUCCCGAAUAUGCCGAAUGCCAUGAGCUACUGCAAAAGCUAGAAGGCAAAGGAAUGGAGUUUGUCCCAGCGCUGAAUAGAAACGAGGCUAUUGCGUCACGAAUUAUCCGCCGCAAAUCGCUCCUUCCGGAUUUGAAGGGCCGCUGUUGA